GUCGAUACUCAGCUUCGGAGUAGAAUUCGGAGUAUAUUCAUUUAUUUUCUUAUCAGAAACUAAUCUAGGGAGGGAGUGGGGUCUCAUUGUGGGUUGUGGACGUCACUGGACUGACAGGACAGCCGCGGAGGUGAAAUACGGAAUAAAAAGAGCUCCCUCCUUCAGCCCUCCGCCUCCGCCUCACUCACCGAGCUCCCCUGCUUCCCUUCCCACCGGCCCACGAAACCUCAUGAUUCUGCGACAAUGAAGCCCGUCAUCGCUGUUCCUGCUAUUGCAGGCCUUCUCUAUCGCGCCUGGUCACACAAGACCCUCACCACUCUGGGUUUGGUCGCAGCUGGGCUGACGGCUUCAGCUCACGCCCUCCACCCGUGGUCGACCCCGUUUAUCCUCCUGGCCGUUUUCUACCUCGGUGGUAGCCGAGUUACCAAGGUCAAACACGACAUCAAAUCCCGCUUGACCCUCUCCGCGACCGGCUCCGAGGGCGGCGAAGGCCCUCGCACCCACGUCCAAGUCCUCGCCAACUCCAUCGUCGCCUCGGUGCUCAUCCUCGCCCAUACCUACGUUCUUGCGAAGCGGUCCACCGCCGGAUAUAAUGGAGGUCAAUGUUUCUCGAACGGUCACGACGUCGCGGACGUGUUGAUGGUCGGGAUCGUCGCGAACUACGCCGCCGUCGCCGCCGACACCUUCUCCUCCGAGCUCGGGAUCCUCUCCACCUCGAAACCGCGCCUAAUCACCUCGCCUACGUUCCGCGUCGUGCCCCCCGGCACCAACGGCGGGGUCACCGGCACCGGCCUCUUGGCGGGCAUGUUCGGCGCGUUCACCAUCGCGCUGUCGUCGGCGGCGUUCUUGCCGUUCUGCGACGGCGCCCAGGGCAGUGUCAGUGCCGUGGAUACGUUGAAGAGUCGCGCGGGGUGGGUUGCGGCUGUCACCGCUUGGGGAACCCUGGGCAGCGUGCUGGAUAGUGUCCUCGGCGGCUUAUUCCAGGCGAGUGUGGUGGAUAAGCGGACGGGGAAGAUCGUGGAGGGGUCCGGCGGAAAGAAGGUCCUUCUUCAUCCUUCCUCGACAAAAGCUGGUGUUUCUGCGAACAUGGCGGGUCUUACGCCGGCGCAUGGGGUCAGUAGCAGCAGUAGUGCGACGCAGCAGCUGCGGGCGACUGAGGAUGUGGCUAAUGCGGCCGCCGCAACGCUUAGAGGGAGCCGGGCCAGUAAGACGUCCGUCGGGUCGUUUUCGGCGGGAGAGACGACAACCGAUGAAGGGCAUGAGAGUCGGCGGGUGGAGAGCGGGCAUGAUAUUUUGGAUAAUAAUGCGGUGAAUGUGUUGAUGGCGCUUAUUAUGAGUGUUGGGGCGAUGGGGGUGGCGGGUUGGGUUUGGGGGGUGGAUGUUAAGGAUUUAGCGGGGUGGUAG